GGACUGACUGUCGCUGCGGCCCCCCUUGUCCCCUGCGGGUGACUCCUCGACCAUGCGACAGUGGUGCCUUCCUGCUGUGGCUCCACGCGCCGAACCGCUCCCUACGGGCCGAUUAUCACCUCAAAUCUCAGAUGUCAGGAUGGAGUGUUGUGAUGGGGAGCCGCGCUACACCAUUGAACAGAUCGACCUGCUCCAGCGCUUAAGGCUGUCGGGGAUGACCAAACCUCAGAUCAUUCAAGCCCUUGAGUCUUUAGACAGGCUCGAUCCGGACCAUCGUACCCCAUGCUGCAACAAUCACUCAACUCAACCCAGCGCCCCUACCUCCGCAGCCCCUGCUGCCCCGUCAUCCUCCUCCUCAUCUUCCUCGUCUCUUACCUCAGCCACCACGCAAACCCCUGUAAUUGAUGCUGCAUUAUCACCCAGUAACAGCUACGAUGCCUCACCUCCACCCCUGUACCCGCCCAGUGGAGUUCAGAGAUCGUUCAGUUACGAUUUGGCAGAGGAGGACUGGGAUCUGGAGGAGAAGGUGGAGGAAUACAUGAGGAGGGACAGCAACCUUGUGAAAGAAGAAAUAAAGGCUUUUCUUAAUAACAGAAGGAUCUCCCAAGCAAUUGUUGGCCAAGUCACAGGUAUUAGUCAGAGCUACAUUUCCCAGUGGCUCCUGCAGCAAGGACUGGAGAUGAGCGACUCUAAACGCAGGGCAUUUUAUCGCUGGUACCUGCUGGAGCGCAACAGCCCAGGAGUCAGAUGGAGUGAAAACCAGCAUGUUCAGGUGCCCAGGAGCAGGACUGACUCUCCCUGGAUCAGGCAGAGAGAAUUGCUGAUGCACCUCCUCCCCUGGUACUCUGCUCACCAGUCUCAGCCAGGCGCUACAUUGUCCAUGCGGUCCCUGGUUAAAGAGGAGCCUGACUGGAGGUUGGCUGGAAGCCCUGCGGACCGGGCAGCGGUUGGACCUUUCAGACUGCGGAGAGGUAGUCGCUUCACCUGGAGAAAAGAGUGCCAGUCAAUCAUGGAGAGUUUCUUUAUCGAGAAUCAGUAUCCCGAUGAGGCCAAAAGAGAGGAAAUUGCCAAUGCCUGUAAUGCUGUCAUUCAAAAGCCUGGAUGCAAACUCUCAGAGUUCGAACGAGUCACUGCGCUCAAAGUGUACAACUGGUUUGCUAAUCGGAGGAAGGAGAUGAAGAGACGUGCCAACAUAGAGGCUGCCAUACUAGAGAGUCAUGGGAUAGAAGUGCCGAGCCCCAGCUGCCACUCCAACAGCGAAGAGGUCGAGACUCAGGAGUUUGGAGAUCAAGUCACGAGUCAGCGCUUCUCUGAGCAGGAGGAUCUCUCUCAGAGAAAAGACAUUGAGCCAGAAGGUGUCAUGCUACCUCCCGUGGAAGUGGUGUCUCUUCCCAGCCCGGCCUGUCAACUAGUGGAGCGAAAGCUGGAUGAAUCGAAAAGGGAGGCUACCGAUGACGAUUAACCAAUGAGUCGAGUCAGGCUGCGUCCAAAAUCGCUUACUUCCAUACUAUAUAGUACGAUAAAAACAGUAUGCGAGCUGAGUAGUAUUCAAAAAACAGUAUGCGAGAAGUAUCUGGAUGACCUAUUACUUUCCAGCGAGAUUAUGAAGUGCGCAUCUAAUGGACGAUAUGGUAUCCCAUGAGGCACCACGAGAGAAUUCAUGAAUAGGAGUUAAGUGACGCAGGUGGGUCACAUGAUAAUGAGAAAUGGCGGAUGUAGCACAUCCAAGUUCCAUUCACACUAAUCACAUUCAUACUGUAUAGAACAAUUUUUUCUAACAGUUGUGUAGUAAAUUGAAAUUCCAGUGUAGUACCUACUGAGUAGUAGGCGAUUUCGGACGCAGCCAUAUUUUUGGUCCAAAGCGGCUUGACGUUUUUUUCACAGCCAAGCCUGACUCUCUGGUGCCUCUAGUGGUAGGGAGGCCACUGUAUCAAUGUAUCUACAAUAAUCACGCUUGUAGUAACGGCAAUAUUUACUCUAUUCAGUAUAUCGUGCAUUCCAAGACAGUCUUAACGCUUCCCCGUAUAAGGGAAAGAUGCGUAAAAGUGCAAACUAGUAACUUUUUUUCUUCUUGCGUAAGCUCUUUUCUUUUAUUUCUCACUAUAACGUCUGUGCAAGCGAGCAGUGUAGAGAAACCUGCAGGACAGGUGUUUAAUUUGACAGAAGGGGUGCGUUGAAUUCAGUUUGAAGGAGCUCAGUAGUCUCGUAAUUGUCAUAUGCAAUAGUUAAAAGACAAGAUGGGAUGGUACACCCCUGAAAGAUACACCAACUCAGGUAGAACUAAACUUGGCAAUUGAACGAGAAGAUCACCAUUGUGGAAAUCAAAGUAUUUCCCACAGUUAAUGGUUCACUGGGAAGAUAUGGGUCCCAUUUCAUCAAGCAUAACAGGCUGUGUACAUAUUGUUUUUCUUUUUUUACUUUCAAAUGCGAUCUGAAAUUAAUAUUCAGAUAAUCAUAGCUCAGUUUUUGUAUACACGACGAUUGUAAGCUCUUUGUAUCCAGCCACUUAAGCUAAUCUCACCCUGACUAGUGUGAGGGGUCUAAAAUGCUUCAAAAGUUUCCCCCCCUUAAGGUGUUAUUUGCUAUAAGCAUCAUUUACUUACCUCUUGAAUAAGGUAAUGCAGUAUGUAAAAUGACAAGUAUAUCAGCAUCUAAUGCAACAAGCUGCUUUUCAUUGGACUAUUGGAUAUCCACUUUUUGAUUUUAUGUGUCUUAACGAAAGCCAAAGCAAGGCAAGUUGUAAAACAGAAGAUUUUACAUGGACUAAAUGUUUGCUUAAGGCACAUCACCGUGCCUCGGUGAGAAGCGCUUUGAGCGUGUAAAGGCUUUAAGCUGCACACACAGUAUGAUUAUUCUGGCCUAUCAGCUCUGUACACAAAAACAGUAUGCAAUGCUGCGCGCUGUCCAGGGCCCUUACUCUGUGCUUUUUCCUAAUGACACAAAAUAAAAUCAAUAAACAAGCAAA